UCAUUGGCUGUUUGACAUUUGACAUUUGAAAAUAUAGAGUUCCUCAUGAGUUCCCUUUGUUUUUAUAGUAAAGUUGUGCAAAAACAUUGAAAACUGUCCAAAAUGUGAUAAAGCUUUCAUCGUAAUAUAAACAAUGAUAGCAUAUUAUUUUUAAAAACUUCUUCCUCUUUGAUUACUUUGUUAAUUUCUUUAAAAAUACAAAUAUUAAAUACGUUGAGACGGUUUCGCUAAAGUUCAAAGCGUGGGCGGCUAACGAAGUUAAACAUGAAGCCAGGAAAAAGUGUAGAAAUCAAAGAGGAGAUAGUGGAAGUUCACACAGCCGCCCGAUCUCCUUCUCCGAAGCAAAAAGCUAAAGAAAGACCGCCUAGUGACUCGGAAUCUCGAAAACUCUCAAACGGUCAUGUCACCCAAGAAGAUGCCGAAAUACAUCACGAGGAACCCUCCGAGAAGUCUAAGAACAGAGAGAACUGGACUAAAUCCGAACAAGAGUCUUUGGACACCGAAUUACCUAUACAUGAUCAAAUUAAAAUGGGUAUAUUAGGUUUUGUGGAGAAAGAAAUCAAGAAAUCUGAUAAGAACCCAUCAUUUGUGUUUUACUCCCACGAUCCCAAUGGUUUGGAUGAGAGGUUCAUGAAGACAUUGUCUCGCCCGUCAAGUGGGCAUAAAGAGAAACGCAGCCCAUCUUAUAGAAAGAAGAAGAGACACUCUUCCCGACAUAGAGAUAGAGAUUUGCACGAUUUUGAAAUACCAGGCUCUAGUCUUAUUGCUUUAGAAAAGGUUGAUGAUUACUUAAAAGAGUAUAAUAAGGAUGAGGAGGUAACCUUAAGUGGCGAGUUAGAAAUAGAGGCUAAUGAUGUUGAAAACAAUAACGGCUCAUCAAAAGAGUUGAAACACAAGCCCAGGAAGACUCGACGGAAACUGAGAGAAGAGAGGUAUGAUACAAAUGCAAAUGGGAAGGAUAUUAGCCCGAAAGUUUUCAAGACUGGAACUAGAUCCAAAACAAGUAACAAAGCAGCUCGUCCCACUGACCUAACAACAAUGCUAGAAAGUUUAGAAUCCAACGUCCCAUAUCACGACCAGUACAUAGACAAUCCGUUCUCUUCACCAUCACCUCUCACAUCACCCAAUGAUGACCGUAUAGCUCCAUUUGGUGCUAGGAGACCUGAGAAGAUAUAUUUGCAAGGUGGCGGCACUUUCAGGACUGUGUCGAGGGACAGGAUGCUAGAGUCACAGCAGUCUAGAGAUGAUGAUAGGUAUUUAAGGAUAGGUGAGCUGACGCCUCUGGACGUGGCGCUGACGGUGCAGAAGGCGUGGCGCAGCGCGGCGGCGGCGUGCCACGGCGUGCUGGGCGGCCUGUCGCUGCUGCACCUGCUGCUCAUCAGCUACUCCGACAGUCUGGACGCUACACACCUGUCCUUCCACGCACUCGUCACCAUGCCAUACGUGGCCGCCUACUACUUCUUCUGUGUGCUGUGCUUGCUGUCUGUUUUGGACAGGUUAGAUAUAACCAGCAUCGACCUGACCCGCGGCUUGCAGCCGUGGUUCCAGCCCAUAGUUCUGGUGAUCCUGUACACGGCGUGCCUGCUGGUGUGCACGGCCGCCAGGAUGUACGACGAGCUGAUGGUGUACCAGUACGCGCCGUUUGUGGCCAACAUCACAGCGAAUGCUACUACGGCUACCAUCCCACCGUUCUACCACACGUGGACGCACUUCUCAAUAUGGCGGGCGGUGCUCUCCAUCCUAGGUCUGGUAUACUUCAUCAUAUCCAACCCUCCCGACUUAGUGUACCUGAAUUUGAGCAAACUUCUACAGUUCAAGCAUUCGCUGCAGAGUAUUGGAUGAUCACUUUAUUUUGUUUUAGCAAUGUAUUAAGAGAUCUUUGCCAGACCUUCUUCAUAUAUAAAAGUUUGAAAUUGCCAGAUACUUGUAGGCCCAGGAUGCUUGAUAGAUAGUCUGCAUUGUCUGACAUAUCGCUAUCUCUUUCGUCCCAAUAAAAUGAAAAAGACAGUGAUAUUUUCGAUGUUACCGCUAUUGUGAGAUAAUAUGUCGUUGAAGUGACUUAGGCCUACUGGUGUCCUUAUUAGCAUAAUUGACUGAACUUUAUAGUUGAUGAUUGUUGAUAUAGUUUAUUUUAUAUGAAGAAGGUUUGCAGGUCGGUAUAAAGCAAUAUAAAUAAAUAGUAUAUUAAGGAUUAAUUUAUUAUGAAACACGGCUAAAACUCAAGUGAUACAACGUCGGAGUAUGUUUGAUUAAUUUCGAAUCCAUACGGGGCUCUUAGUCAUGAGCAGUUUCUUGCAACGUGGCGUGAUCCAAGCCGUGUUUCAUAAUUAAUUAUUGUGAAUAACACUCACAAUAGUUUAAAUUCCAAAAUAUAUUAAGGAUUGUCUAUAAUUAAACAUCAAUGGCCAAGAAACUAGAUAGACAUUUAGAGGGGUUAUUGGGUAUCUAGUACCAUACCAUUUUUUUUAUAACUCCAUCUAGCGGGACUAUAGGAAUUCACAAAUAGGCAAAAUAAAAAAGUUAGUGGAAUGGGGUAAAAAUAUAAGUUUAGUAAAAAAUUAAGAAUGAUGGGCAAUUUUGCCUUAUAAUGCUAUCAUGUAAUUUUAAUUAUUAUAUCGUCCUUAAACCAGCUAUACAAAUAAAGUAAAAAAAACUGUACGGGAAAUUAUUCUCUAUACUUUUAUAUUAUACAAGCUGACGCCGCGCGGUUUCAUCCGCGUGGUUCCCGUUCCCGUAGGAAUACGGGGAUAAUAUAUAAUUUUUCAAAUAAUAACAUUUCUCGAUAAAUGCGUUUAACCAAAUAAACAAACAAACUCUGCAGCUUUAUAAUAUUACGAUUUUUUAUCCAAAGACACAAACAUUAAUUGUCAAUACUCAACAGAAUUUCGUUUGGAAGGUGGCCAUUGUUGUUUGAUAUCUAAACCUAGUUCAAUAGUUUAGAGGUAAACUGAAAACCGAGAGACCUUUAAAUCUUAUUACUAAUGUCUACAAAUACUAUUGUAUAUUCUUCUAGAAAAGACAUAUUGCUAAGUUGCACAAUGCUAGUCUAAAAUUCGAAUUAGAAAAGACCGUCACCCAUCUGUUUAUUGGAUGAAAAGUACUUUGUAUCAAAUUAAAUAUAUUGCCACUGGAUAAAUGGACGGAUAAAAAAAAAAUUGGCUGGUGGGAGGCUUCGGCCGUGGCUAAUUACCACCCUACCAAGCAUAUUUAGCGUUUCGGUACGAUGUCGUGUAGAAACCGAAAAGGGUGUGAAUUUUCAUCCUUCUCCUAACAAGUUAGUCUGCUUUCCUCUUAGAUUGCAUCAUCACUUACCAUCAGGUGAGAUUGUAGUCAAGUAACUUGUAAAGAAUAAAAAAAGAAAUCAAUCAUACUCUGGACUGAUUUUUUAGCCAUUGGCAUAUUUAAUUUGAUAUAAAAAAAAAUUUCAUCCACAAACAGCAUGGGUGAAACAAAUUCCGCUAAUUCACUAAGUAAGUUAAGUACUAAUACUCGUAGAAUAAAAAACUUGUACAAUAUUUUUUAAAAAUAAAUUUUAUUUUAUUGCCUCACACAAAGUAUGCUUUUAUAGCAAAUUUGUAUAAGAUACAUUAAUAUAUUACAAAAUAGUACCAAGUACAUAAGUUUCAUAUUGCAUUUAUUUUAAGUCACACACACAAAUUAUUCUAGUCAAAUAUUAUUUUUUAUUUAUAUUACACAGUACACAAAAAUAUCUCAAAUAAUAACUGAAUCUAGUCCAAAGUUCCAAAUAUAAUUAUUAAGGCUGAUAUUAUGAUCUUCAUUUAUAGUUUUAAUUACAAUUUACACACUAUUUGCUAACUGACACCUGUGAAUAAUUUUAGUUAAAAUAAUACAAAUAAAAAAACAUUUAUUUAGUAUUUCACAAAAUUACUUAAUUAUAGUGUUAAUGUAAAUAAUAAUAACUUAAUGGCAUUAUUAAGUUGACAGCUUACAACAAGAAUGUUUUAUAGAUAGGUAAAUAAUUGUAAUUCACACAAAAAAUCAGAAAUAAAUUGAAAUAAAUAAAUGGCUCAUGGUUUUGCAAGAUUUGUUUGACCGUGUUGCAAGAACAAACUCAUGUUAAAGAACAAAAAUCGUCUUUCAAGUUCGUUGAUAACACUCCCAUGAUAUGCGGGUGACGGGGGGAAAGACUGCGUGGGUGUGAAAUCGUGCGUGCGGGGAAGAGAGGUGCAUUAGUCGUGGGUUUUUCAUUCAUCGCUACACGCCCCCCGGCCCGCGCGGGCCAUCGGGAGUGUUACGAACGAAGUUGCCAAGCUAUAGUCUUACCUAUUCCGAAUUUAGCCGUUUAUUUAUUUCAAGCUAAAAAACACAUAAAAGUAAAGCACACAAAAGUUCAAAAUGUAAAACCAAUACAGUACAUUUGAAAUGGCCAAACUCGAGAUAUCAACAAUAUUUUAUUAAACAUUAUUUAUUAUUUUAAUAAUGUACAAUUAAGUAUCAUAAUAAGAAAUACACGGACUUAUAUUUAGCUAGAUACUGUGGGUAUUCAAAUAUGUCAUGAAAGAUUAGUGCUAGGCGGUUAUUUGUCACGCUUCUACUAUAAAUAUUUUUUUUUUACAAUCUUGUGAUUACUGCAACAUACCUGAGAAAUUCGCCCAUAGGUGUGGAACUUUGAUUAAUAGUAAUUAUUCCUCAUGAUAGUGGAUUUGUUUACGCAAGACUAGAAACGUAUGUCGUUGUGGGUAGAAAAAACAAACACAGUUAGAUUUUAUACUAUUUUAUGAACAAGCGGCGUCUAGCUAAAUUUGAGUCCGCGAGUAAAUAAAAUAUAUUUAAUUGACAGUAUUUUUUCUGUAAAUAUAUUAAACAAAAUUAAGUUUAUGUAUACAUAGUUCUAAGAACAAGUUUGAAAGCA